AUUUUCUUAGUUUCCUUCUCUUUCACACAUGCAGAUUUGUAUUCCUCAUUCGAAGAAUCUGCAAAAGAGAAAUGGCCAGUAACAGGGUCCACGCUGCUUUGCCUGACCCUCCCAGUCUGAGUGAAGAGGAGAACAAAGAAGAAGAGAAGGUUUUUGGGAAUAUAUUUGCUGAGUUAGAAUCUGUGGACCUGCCCCUAGGAACCACCUUAAGAUCUAUUUACGAUGACCAGCCCAACGCCCACAAGCGCUUCAUGGAAAAGCUGGAUGCCAGGAUACGGAACCAUGACCGUGAGAUUGAAAAGAUGUGCAAUUUCCACCACCAAGGCUUCGUAGACGCCAUCACAGAGCUGCUGAAAGUCCGCGCUGACGCUGAGAAGCUGAUGGGUCAGGUGACGGACACUAAUCGAAGGCUCCAGGAGUCGGGGAGGGAGGUGACGUGUCAGACAGAAGAGGUGAUUCGCUGCCGCAUCCAGCAGAGGAACAUGGCCACCACUGUGGAGAAGCUGCAGCUCUGUAUACCAGUGCUAGAAAUGUACAGCAAACUAAAGGAGCAGCUGGAGUCCAAAAGAUACUAUGCUGCGUUGAAAACCAUGGAGCAGCUGGAAAAGGUCUUCAUCCCCAGGGUGAGUCAGUACAGGUUCUGUCGGAUCAUGGCUGAAAACCUGCCCAGACUGAGAGAAGAGAUCAAGGAGAUCUCCAUGUCGGACCUCAAGGACUUCCUGGAGAGCAUCAGAAAACACUCGGACAAGGUCGGAGAGACUGCCAUGAGACAGGCCCAGCUGCACAGGACCUUUAACAGCGCAGUAGCCAAGCAGGCCAGUACGGGCCACUACACCAAGCCUGUGUACACCCUCAACGGACAAACACACACUCACAACGGCCUGAUGAUGGAUGAGGACACGGGAGAUGAGGAUGAAGGAGAUGAAGAGAUUCUUACUGCUCAGGACCUAGUGGACUUCUCGCCUGUCUACAGGUGUUUACACAUUUACACAGUGCUGGGUGACCGAGAAACAUUUGAGAACUACUACAGGAAACAGAGGAAAAAACAGGCCCGGCUCGUCCUGCAGCCACAGGCUAACAUGCAUGAGACAGUGGAAGGCUACAGGAGAUACUUCAAUCAGAUUGUGGGGUUCUUCGUUGUGGAGGACCAUAUCCUUCAUGCCACGCAGGGGCUGGUGACCAGAGCUUUCACUGAUGAAGUGUGGAACAUGGCCCUGUCCAAGAUCAUCGCCGUGCUGCGCACACACUCUUCGUACUGUGAUGACCCAGACCUGGUCCUGGAGCUGAAGAACCUCAUAGUCAUCUUUGCUGACACACUACAGGGUUAUGGAUUCCCAGUGAACCGGCUGUUUGACCUGCUGUUUGAGGUCAGAGACCAGUAUAAUGAAACUCUGCUGAAGAAGUGGGCUCUGGUUUUCAGGGAGAUCUUUGAGUUGGACAACUACAGUCCCAUCCCCGUGGAGACAGAGGAGGAGUAUAUACUGGUUGUCAGCCGCUUUCCCUUCCAUGAUGCUGAGAUAGAGAAGCAGCAGGACUUUCCAAAGAAGCUGCCAAUGUCCCAGUCCGUCCCUCAGAUCUACACGCAGGUCAAAGAGUUAAUCUACGCAAGCCUCAAGUUCUCUGAGUCUCUACACCGGAGUUCAACAGAGAUCGAUGACAUGUUGCGGAAAUCCACCAACCUGCUGCUGACGAGAACACUCAGCAGCUGUCUGCAGAACCUCAUCAAGAAACCUCACAUAGGACUGACCGAGCUGGUGCAGAUCAUCAUUAACACCACCCACCUGGAGCAGGCCUGCAAGUAUCUGGAGGAGUUUAUAACAAACAUCACCAACGUCUCCCCUGAAACAGUUCACACCACAAGACUCUAUGGCUUGUCCACGUUCAAGGAUGCUCGUCAUGCUGCAGAGGGAGAGAUUUAUACCAAACUCAACCAGAAGAUCGAUGAGUUCAUCCAGCUGGCGGACUAUGAAUGGGGGAUGGCUGAGUCUGACGGGCGAGCCUCAGGAUACCUCAUGGACCUGAUCAACUUCCUGCGCUCCACCUUCCAGGUCUUCACACACCUCCCGAAUAACAACAAUGACCAUGCAUCGAUGUCGGGUAAAGUGGCCCAGACGGCGUGUAUGUCAGCCUGCAAACAUCUGUCCACGUCCCUGAUGCAGAUGCUGCUGGACACAGAACUCAAACAGAUCAGCAUGGGGGCCAUUCAGCAAUUCAACCUGGAUGUCAUCCAGUGUGAAUUGUUUGCCAGCUCAGAGCCGGUUCCUGGUUUUCAAGGAGACACGCUGCAGCUGGCCUUCAUCGACCUGCGACAGCUCCUGGAUCUGUUCAUGGUGUGGGACUGGUCAACGUACCUGGCAGACUACGGCCAACCAACCUCCAAAUAUCUGAGAGUGAACCCAGCUACUGCCCUGGCUCUGCUGGAGAAAGUCUACAGAGGGAUGAAGGACACCAGUAAGAAGAACAACAUCUUCUCUCAGUUCAGGAAGAACGACAGAGACAAACAGAAGCUGAUAGAGACAGUGGUCAAACAGCUGAGGAGCCUGGUCAACGGCAUGUCCUCCUAAACACACACACACACACACACACACACACACACACACACACACACACACACACACACACACACACACACA